UGUCGUCAUACUGUCAGUCAAUGUUUUAAAACUCUCAAAAUAAAUUAUUUCGUCUGUUGUUGGUCCCGCGCGCAGUUUGAAAUGAAGAACCGAAAAGCAAAAUAAAAGUCAUGUAAUAAAUUGUUUUUGUACAUAAAAAAGCUAACAAAAAGGUUAUAAAUAUCAAGUGUUUGGAUUUGUUCUACUAACUUUUAAAUAAAAAUCUGGACGUGAGUCGAACAGAAAUGUUUGUACAAGUAGACGUUAUGCAAGGCACAUUGCAAGGAAAAGAAUGCACUACAUACUAUGGAAAAAAAUACUAUAGUUUUGAAGGAAUACCUUAUGCUAAGCCACCCAUCGGCCGAUUGAGAUUUCAUGACCCACAGCCACCAGAAAGUUGGCAAGGCAUACGAGAUGCUACUAGACCAGGCAAUAAGUGUUGCCAGCUCAACCCAUACAUACAAUCUAAUUUAGAAGGUUCUGAGGACUGCCUCUACUUAAACGUAUACACUCCGAGUUUGCCAAGCGAAAAAAUCGAAACUCUACCAGUCUUAUUUUUCGUUCACGGUGGUAGAUUUAUUUUCGGAUACGGUGACUACUAUAAACCAGAUUAUUUUAUGAAACAUGACGUUAUUUUGGUCACAAUAAAUUACAGAUUGAAUGUACUGGGGUUUUUGUGUUUAAAUAUACCAGAAGUGCCUGGUAAUGCUGGGUUAAAAGACACAGUUUUCGCUCUACGCUGGGUUAGGAAUAACAUAGACAAGUUUAAUGGAGACUUGAACAAUGUGACCGUUUUCGGAGAGAGCGCGGGAGCGGGUGCAGUGGCGUCCUACAUGACUUCCAGGAUGACUCUAGGACUGUUCCAUAAAGUUAUAGCACAGUCUGGGAACUCUAUAUUAGAUAUUUAUAUGAUAGAGGAAGAUCCUAUAGCUAAAGCGAAGCAUAUAGCUGCGAACAUGGACCAAGAUUUGACUACCCCAAGAAGUAUAUACGAAUUUCUAUUAGAAGUGCCCAUACAGGAGCUUUUAGUGGCAUUCAGCAUGGCAGAAAUGAGCCGACCACCGGCAGUAAUCAACGCAUAUUUGUUACCAGUCGUCGAACAAGAAUUCGAUGGGGUCGAGCGAUUUCUCGUCGAAUACCCCCGAAUCGAUUUUCCCCUAAAUCAAUUCACUAAAGUCCCCGUUCUAACCGGCAUGAAUUCCCACGAAGGGGCUUUAUUCUUGCAGACAAAUGGUCAAGGCAAUGUAGAAUACGAAAAAGACUUUUAUUAUUUUAUUCCAAAAUAUUUACAAAUUGAAAAGAAUGAUAAAAAGGCCAAACAGAUUGAGAAGAAAAUUAAGAAAUUUUACUUCAGUGGUAAAUCUGUUGAUGAUAAAACUAAACCGCAAUAUGUUAAUAUGGUUUCUGAUACGUAUUUUCAGUAUCACCUUAUGCUUUUGCCGGAGAUUUUGUCGAAGGCCGAUGUUAAUGUAUAUGUGUACAAAUUUCAGUAUUCAGGGAAUUUGAAUACUAGGGUCAUGAGGAGUUUGGAUUUAGCGGGGGCGAGCCAUGGAGAUUUGAUACAAUAUCAAUUCUAUAGAGACACUAAACAUCAGAAAUGUGAUGCAAAGGAUUUGAAAAUAGUUGAAAUGCUAUCCGAAGCUUGGUGUACCUUUGCUAGAAAUGGGAGACCAACAUGGCGCAACCAGGAAACUGAAUGGUUGCCGUACACGAAAAAGGGCAAACACGUUCUUAUAAUUGAUGAAGAAAUAGAAUGCAUUACAAACCCUGAUAUGGACAGACUAAAAUUCUGGCUAGGUGUUACGGGAGAGCUUUCCAAAUUAUAAGAAAUUAUUAAAAAAAUAUAGUCUAUUUGCAAAAUGUACAUAGAAAUUAUAAUCCAUCAUAAUAAAAAAAAUCGGGAAAUAAGUACGGUUAAUUUAUUUGUUGAAAUUCUGCAUUCUGUGAUAAAAAAUUUCAAGCAUCUUAUAUCACAAUGGGCGUGACGACAGGGUUAUAAAAUAGUGAGUCUAAUUAGUCCGCAAUUUCGAUUGGCAACAAUAUUGGGUGAUACGUGUUUUUUUUUUAAACAGAACAUUAACCGUCGUACCACAAAAACUUAUAAAC